AUGCCGCGGAGCAUUGCCCUCAUCGCGCCAGAUGAGAUCGUUGCCGGUGCAAGCGGUCUGAUGGCUCUCUCCACCAGGAGGUGGCAGCAGGCCUCCUUUCUAACGCCAGAGUUGCCACUGCAGCUGCCGCAGUUGCCACAGUCCUACUUCAGUACACCGGAAGGGAUCAAGUGCCGUGACAAAGUGAACACGACGCUGACCGAAGAUGACAAGAAAGGAGCAGCAGAUGACUACACACUGCACCACCUAGAGAAAGUUGCUACUGCAAUUAGUUCCAUUUGCAAGAGAGCCAUUCAAGAUCUGGAAGGUGAUCCAGCCGAAAGACUUGCCAAAAUCCAAGCUGGAGUGGAAAGCCUCUUCUAG